ACAGACGAAUGGGAAUUUAUAGAUCUACAAUUUUUUUCAAAUUGCAACCAAUGAUUAUGUUAACACCUGCGAACAACGGCCAUUUUCUACAUUUCCGUCAGUGGCCGUCGAUCAGAGGUUGGACCGUAAUUGCAAGUUUAUUAUUUUAUUUAAAUUAAUAAAGAAAAAUGAAUAAAUUAAAAUAAGCAUUAUUGAAUAAUUUAACAAAGAAAGUUAUAAUUCUAUUGUUUUUUAUGUUAAAUGAAUAUGGACAAAUGGAACACGCUGUUUCGAAGAUGCAUCUCUUACAUCCGAAAUAAUUUAAAUAUAAUUUUAGAUUAUUAUAGAAGUUUACAUAUAGGGCCCGAAAUUUUAUUUCAGGCAUUUCCACCUAGUCUAUGUGAAAUUAUGUUAAGAUAUGUUUCUUCUCAAAUGAAUCCACAAGUGCUCGGUUGUUUAUUCAGAAAAGGAAUCAAAAGUAUACGUCUCUCGUUUUAUAACCAUGACAUCCCUUUGGAAAAAUUUAUAGAAAUUUCUAAGGGUAUCACUUAUUUUAAUAUCGGUUUUGGGUCAAUGACCGAAGAAAAUCUUAAUAGAAUCAUCAGUCAUUUGUCAAAUAUUGUCGAAUUAGAUUUGCACGCAACAAAUCUGAAAGAUUCUGGUUUAGAAUGGAUUGGAAAAACUUGCAUUUCGUUAGAAAUUCUAGAUAUAUCGUUCUGUUCGGUAACAGAUUUGGGCAUCCGCUCUUUAUGCUGCGAUUGUAAGAACAAAAAUGAAAUUCGUUGCCAAAAUUUAAAAGUUUUAAGCGUGUAUCACACAGAAAUUACAGCCCGUGGGUUAUCGUUUCUCUUAGAAUAUGUGCCACUGUUGAAAAUCGAAGUGCAAAGACUCCUUCACAUGAACAUGAUAUGUCAUUUCGUGCAAAGAAAUUUCGGCAAACGAUUGCAAAUUAUAGAUUUAUGUCUUUCACCCGGUGAAGAGAAAAUCGACGUCACUCAGAUAUUGCUUUCUCUUCCUAAUUUAAAUUCUCUUUGUCUUUAUAAAGUUUCCAUCGACGAUGCCGAAUUAAUAAGCUUACCUCCUUUCGAAAAUCUUCGCCGUUUGUCCAUAAGUAUUAAAAAAUCUGACAGCAAGUUAACUUUCGAAGAAGGAAUUCUGACAUUUUUACAGAUAUCCGGGCAACGACUUAAAGUUUUACGUUUAAACAAUUUGAAAUAUGUUAAUAUAUAUCCGAUAGGACGGCUUUGCCAAAAUUUAUCAUCGUUUUCUCUCUAUUCCAUUCGCCAUCUUCAUUUUAGAAAUCAAGAAUCCAUUGAAUCGACCAAGCCAAUUUUCGGCAAUCUGGAAUUUAUGAAAAUCGAAAACAUGCGUGGAGAUCCUUGGGACGAUUGCCUUCCUACCAUAUUUUCUCAUUGUCCAAAGUUAAAUUGCCUUGUUAUAUCGUCUACGAGGAGCCUUAAUGAUGAUACCAUAGUUAAGAUCAUACCUUAUCUUUUGCGUUUGAAGUGGUUUAGUAUUUCCUACUGUCCGAAUAUUACAAGGAAUUCGAUAUAUCGCAUCAUCGAUGGGAUUCCUCAUCUUUAUUCGUUAUGGAUAUGGUCGAGACGUAAUUUGUUAACAGCAAGAGAUAAAGAAGAAAUUCAAAGUUACAUGUUUAGCAAUAACAUCUCCAUUAGUUUUAACUACUUUCAGGAUACAGAAGUGGACAUUUCUUCAGAAGACUACAGCGCGGAUUUAAGACUAGUUGGAUUCUCGUGA